CGAGCCCCUGAUUGUUUGUUUUCGUUGGCUUUAACUAUGUGCUCGUCUAUGAUUGGCAAUAGUACGUUUUUAGCAACUAUAACAAUGUUCCAUACAACGUUGAAAGCGAUAAUCAAACAAAAAAUGUUUUUGAACUUUGAAAGUUAACAAUGAAAAUAUAAUUCCCAUAUAGAAGGUAAUUUCAACAAAAGCAACCAAAAAAUAGGACACGGUCAAAGUUCUUGAGAAGUAACAUAGGAACGCUUCUAGUGGGGGCUGCUGUUUCCUACCCGGAUCAGGAACAUGAUUAUCCAGGAUCCAUGGUGUCUUUCAUAGGCCGAGUGAGCAAAAUGAGAGGUUUUUGUACAUUUAUCAGCAGACCACUGCUUUUCCUAUUACUUCGCUUUACUCUAGUGCAAUGCGAUAUAACAGACGGCAAUGCAGAGCACUUAAAGCGGGAGCAUUCGCUCAUGAAACCGUACCAGGGUGUUGGAAGCAGCCCAUCCAGUCAGUGGGACUUCUGGGGGAGCACGCUAGUCACCAGCUCCUAUGUGCGCCUGACACCUGAUGAGAGAAGUAGACAGGGAUCCAUAUGGAACACAGUGCCUGUUUAUCUGAAAGACUGGGAGAUGCACGUGCAGUACAAGAUCCACGGGUCGGGGAAGAAGAAUCUCCAUGGUGACGGCAUCGCCAUCUGGUACACGAAGGAGAGACUUCAUCCAGGCCCAGUCUUUGGAAACCAAGAUCAUUUUGUUGGCCUGGCUUUAUUUGUGGAUACCUUCCGCAAUGAUCUCCAUGGGAUGGAUCGUUCCUUCCCUUACAUCUAUGCCAUUGUGAAUAAUGGUUCCCUGCCCUAUGACCAUGGGAAUGAUGGACGUAACUCUGAACUGGGAGGCUGCUCUUCUGAGAUCAGGAACAAAGACCAUGACACCUAUCUGGCCAUCCGUUAUUCCAAGGGUAGACUCACGGUGAUGAUUGACAUUGAUGAUAAGAAUGAAUGGAAAGAGUGCAUUGACAUCGGGGGUGUCCGCCUCCCCACGGGGUACUACUUUGGGGCUUCUGCUGCUACGGGAGAUCUCUCUGAUAACCACGACAUCAUCUCUAUGAAGAUGUACCAGCUGAUGGUGGAACACACACCUGAUGAGGACAGUCUGGACUGGACCAAGAUUGAGCCAAGCGUCAGCCUGCUGAAGUCCCCCAAAGACAACAUUGAUGAUCCUACUGGUAACUUCCGAAGCACGCCUCUUACUGGCUGGAAGGUCUUCCUGCUUCUGCUAUGUGCUCUACUGGGAAUUGUAGUUUGUGGUGUUGUAGGGGCUGUAGUCUUUCAGAAGCGCCAGGAAAGAAACAGGAGGUUUUACUGAGAGGAAAAACAUAUUUCUGUAUGUGAGAGGUAUUUGUGAAAUUGACUGUUGCGAAGAAUGUGUUGUUGAAUCUCUAUUCUAAGUUAAUUUUCUAAAGAUUGUACAAAUGUUUAUAUCUGCUGAAGCGCUGUGAUGAGUCACUUAUGGUAUCGUUCCAAUUUUUGUGAAAUAACCAUGACUAAUGGUUGCUACCAUGUGUCUGAGUGACCUUUUGACUUUUUGAUGGAGGCAGUUAAGCAUUUUUGUUUUUAUUUACCCUUUCCUCUCUAAUUUUUUGCUUUCACAGUGCAGGGGAUAAUUGCUGUUGAAUUAUUGUUUAUUUGGCUCAAUCUGUAAAACACUGAUUAGUUAAAUAACUUUCAAAAGAGAUUAUUUUCACAAUGUUCAGUAUAAGAUGUAUAAAGAUUUAUUUUCACUUCAUUUAGCUUUUUUGUACUGUUGGGUUCUGAUUGGGCUAGUUUAGAUGGGUGAAUGGGAUUUUAUUUACUUUUUUUAAACUCUGACUGCUCUUGACUGUUGGUUCAAUGUGAUUGCUGCACUUCUGAUGCUGAUAUGCUAAGGCUUCCUUAUCUGGCCUUUGCCAUUUUCUCUCUCCGUGUCUGAAGUUUUCUUUGCUGACUUAAACAAUAUUUUUGGGAGAACAACUCCCCCAACUACCAUAUCCACACCGUCACAUGGUCUAUAUGAGGAAUAGUUUGGCUACUAAAAAUGCAACGAUUGAUUUAUACAGACAAGUUACAUUUUAGAUUUUGACGUUAUUAUACCAUGUGGGUGUUUUGAAGGAUUUCAACUUUCUCAUUUUUGGUGAGGCCUACUGGAGGCUUUACAAAUCACUACUAUGAGAUUGCACCACCUUUCUCAUCUUGCAUUAUUAAAUUGAUGGGAAUUGUGUGUUUGGAAACCUGCUUAUACACCGAUUUAUUUGAGUAGGAAUAUCUCUUUAAUGUGAUUUGAAUGAUUCAAACUGAACAAGGCCAUUGUUGAGUUUAUCCUGUAAGACUCAAUAAAACUGGUCUCCCCAAAUGAGUAAACUGCA